GCCGCGAUGGCUUUUUUUUUUUUUAGUCGUGUCAAAUGCUGGAAGUAGGUGAGAGCGUCGGUCGCGCUUGGUCCCGCGGCGUCAUGUCGGGGCCUUUGGAAGCGCUCAGCCGCGCGCUAAAUGCGGCGCGGGCUAAUCCCGUUAAACGACCGUCGACCGCCGCCUCUUCGCGAUUAGCGUCGCGCGCGCGCGCGCGGACACGAAAGGCGCACCGAGACCUCGUCGGCUCGCUCAAGGCCGCGAAGGACGCCGCGCGCUGGGCCCACCCGGACCGAUCGUCGCCCUCUUCGGCGGCCAACGAGACGCCUCGUUCCCAUCGGCCGAGCGGCCAUGAGUGCCACCUGAGCGCCCGGCGCCGCCCCGAAGUCAUCAUGAGCGUGAUGAGCGAGGACCCCGACGCCGAGCACCGCGGCGAGCUGGCCGACGUGCUGGCGGCCAUGAGCGUCAAGGCGGCGCCCGACGCCGCCUCCCGCCGGGCCCGCCUCUCCGACAGGAAGCUGUCGCUGCAGGAGCGCGGCGGCCGCGUGGUCAGGCAGCCCACCGUCGAGACCAAGAGGGUGUCCAUCACUGACGCGCAGGACUUUGUGCAGCUCAACCAGUACAAGCUGAAGAAGGAGAUCGGAAAGGGCUCUUACGGUGUGGUCAAGCUGGCUUACAAUGAAGACUCUGAACAGUAUUAUGCCAUGAAGGUUGUUUCCAAGAAGAAGCUCAUGAAGCAGUUUGGUUUUCUGCGUCGCGCGGCGCCGGGCCAGCAGGAGGCCUUCCCCAAAGCUUCCAUGCCGCUGGAGAAGAUCUACCGGGAGAUCGCCAUCCUCAAGAAGCUGGACCACCACAACGUGGUCAAGCUGGUGGAGGUGCUGGACGAUCCCGAUGAAGACGGCCUACACAUGGCGUUCGAGCUGAUGACCAAAGGCCCGGUGAUGGAAGUGCCCACGGACGAGCCCCUGACAGAAGAGCGAGCUCGCUUUUACUUCCGAGACCUCGUGCUGGGCAUGGAGUAUCUGCACUACCACAAAAUCAUCCACCGGGACAUCAAACCGUCCAACCUGCUGCUGGGCGACGACGGCCACGUCAAGAUCGCCGACUUCGGCGUCAGCAACGAGUUCGAGGGGGCCGACGCGCUGCUGUCCGGCACGGCCGGCACCCCGGCCUUCAUGGCGCCCGAGACCAUGGAGGACCACCGCCCCGAAUUCAGCGGAAAGGCGCUGGAUGUGUGGGCCAUGGGGGUGACGCUCUACUGCUUUGUCUACGGGAAGUGUCCGUUUUAUGACGAGUACGUGGUCUCCCUGUACAACAAGAUCAAGAACAAACCUGUGGAAUUUCCCCAAACGCCCGGGACAAGCGACGCGCUACGACAUCUCGUCGGCAACAUGCUGGACAAAAACCCACAGAGCAGAAUCACGCUCCCAAGCAUCAAACUCCACCCGUGGGUGACGGAGUACGGCGCGUGCCCGCUCCCCCUGGAGGAGGAUCACUGCACGGCGCUGGAGGUGAGCGCCGAGGAGGUCGAGAACAGCGUGACGCUGAUCUCCAGCCUCUCGACGGUGAUCCUGGUGAAGUCCAUGCUCCGCAAGCGCUCCUUCAGCAACCCCUUCGAGUGUCCGGCCCGACGGGCCCACAGGUCCAUGUCUGCCCCCGGUGGGCUUCUCACCGGUUGUUGGGGUCUGUUGGGUUCGUCGGCUCCGCUCCAUCCGUCUCUGAGGAAGAGCAGCCGAGAUGGCAGCCGCGACGGCGAACUGGAGGACUUGUACGAAGACGAGGCGUUCGCUGAGUGCUCUGACGCCGCCCAGACCUGAGGCCGACCCGAGGCCGCCCUUGUUUUGUUUUUAGUUUCUUUUCUUCUUUCCGCUUUGUGUUCCCAUGGCUACGCACGUAGCUCGGGAGACGAGCGGCGUAGGGCACACGCCAAUAUUCCAAUCGACGGCAUUGUUAUAAAAGGCUCCGCAAAGAAUACUGGUUCCCAAUUUGCCUCCGAGAAUAAAAAGACGUCCGCCCACCCGA